UGCAGAUUAACGGUUUUCCUGUCAAUUUUCAGUUCACACACACAUAUGCUCAUACAUGCUCUCGUAGGAUAUAUUUUCUCACAAAGCAAGCUGAAGUGCACGUGCCCAGACUGUAUGUUAAAUAAUUAUAUGCCAUCAUGGUAGGGUACUGUCCGAUCUGUGGGAAGCCGGUCUUCUUUGGUGAGAAGAAGAGGUCCUUAGGGAGGGACUACCACCCUCUAUGUCUCAAGUGUCAAAAGUGCAACAGACAGCUCACAGCUGGACAACAUGCUGAGUAUGAUGAGAAGCCAUAUUGUCCACACUGCUACCUGAAGAUGUUUGGUCCAAGAGGUAACAGGUGACUGAUUUUGCCAUGGCACAGUGCAGCUCGUUCAUGGACACCAGACUGAACCAACAUGGACAAAUGCUGACAGAGGCCUACAAUAGACCCCAAAUCAUGACAAAAUAGAGAGAUAAAUAUGAAUGAUAGGCAGCUAUCUACCAGCCUGUCCACUUCAGUUGUCGAUCAUUUACACCUCCACAAAAUGAAGUAUUUAUAAAUGUGUGAUGACCACUUGAUGCCACGUGUAGGUGAUUGUUCACUUUUAUAAUGUGAAUUAAUUUUGAUUGUAAGUCUGUAUUAAUAAAUGCAUUUUUAAACUUGCUAACGUCUAACCCUGGUGGAUGUCUCAGCCUCUGUGGUGAACUUUGUAGUCAGGAGCCCACAUGCUCAUAUCUGGGCAUGCUGGGUGGGUGUAUUUGCUCACAAGCUAACCAAUACUCUAAUCACAGACAACACACGUGCACACACAAAAAAGGGAGUUGAGCUAUAAUGUUCUCCCUCUCUCCCUCAUCAAGCAACCAGGGGAAAGGAGGAGGAAGGAAGGAUGGAGGAAUGGAUGAGGGUGGUUGCUGUUGGCAGGGUAAACCAAAUAUUGUGCCAGCGGAAUCUGCUGGAAUGGGUGCUACAGAGACGCAAAGACAGAUCUCACACACAC